GUAAGGCUGCGAACCAGUAUGAGGACGUUUCUUUCGUGUCCUUGCUAAGUCCAAGAUGGGGUACUGGGAUCUACCAGACGGCACAAACUGCGCGGAAAAAACAUGGAUCAUUACCAAACUGGGCACUGCUUUGGGUCUGAUUGGUUCAGCUUAUCAUAUUGUGGCAUUUCCGCCUGACUCUGCAUUGGUAGGAGCAAGGAGGGCAGCCAAUGCAACAGUUACCAUGGCCACUUUGGGAGCCGUCUUUGGAGUGACAUCUUGUCUUCUUGCUGAGGUUCGUGAAGCCCCAGAUGACCCUCUGAAUUAUUUUGCUGGGGGCUGUGCCUCAGGGAUCAUCCUGGGAGCCAAAGCCCACAAUGCAAUGACCGGUACGUCAGCAUGCCUGGGUCUGGGAGUACUGGCCUUCUUUACAAAAGUUGGAAAGAUGGAAGGAUGGAGGGUAACUGGACCCCCAAAACUAUAGGAGAAAGAUAACUGUAAGAUUGAGUUUAUGUAUAAAUGACCUGAGUUAUUAAAUUGAAUAAAGUUCUUGUUAAAAUGACAAAACAA